AUGAUUCGUGCAUUCUUGAAAAAACAAACUUUUUCUGAAGGUGCCGAAUGUAUCGUACAAAAAGCGAUGACCGAUUAUGAAUACCUUGGAAACGUGGAUAAAUCGAACGAAGGGGAAUCGUGUGUUCCAUGGAUCGAAUCCACUGAAUCCUGGUUUUCAACUGCUUCCAACACUGAAAAGCAACGAAAACAGCCAACGGAAAACUUUCAUCAUUCGAAGUGUCGGAAUAUUAAGCUCCCGAUUGACCAUCCAAUGCAUAAUGUUACUGCAAAUGGAGCAUUAAAGACAGAUGACAUAACAUCAGGAAGAAAAGGUCCUUGGUGUUUCAUCGAGAAGCCAGGCAACGAUGGGAUAUCAACUUUUAGUUACAGUCCAUCUGCAUGUUUUGAUCCGUGUGAUGAGACCAGAAUAGUAUCAGACACAGAGAAGAAGCGAGUUAUAGAAAAUGGGUAUACAGUUCUCAAGUUAAACUAUAAUCCAACUCUUUUGGAUCCAAUUGAGAAACUAUUUGACAGCUACGACUUUGGGAAUAUGAAGUAUUAUACCUUUAAAAAAUCGAGAGAGCAAGCGCCUCAAUAUCUGGUGCUCCGACGACGAGUUUUCACUGCUCUGUGCAUUAUAUUCGUCGCUGUAAUGAUUUGGAUUUUAACAUGUUUCUGUAUUAAAAAACAUUCUCAAAAGAUUCAUAGAAGAAAGCAGAAGGCUCUCGAAGGAUUCUAUGAGAAUACAGACCUGGCGGACAUCAAAAUGCAGUCAGAAUUGAGAAAGGAACGAGAGGAUGCAUAA